AUGAGCGAUAACAACCAUGAGUCUGAUGCGGCGGCAGCUCGCAGCGCCGUGGGGGGUGCAUCCGCUGCGAAAUCGUCCAUGAAUGCAAAUGCGUUGAACCUCGCCUCGCCGCCCGGUUCCAAGACGCCGCCCAGCAUACCGUCGAAAAAGACUCUAUUUUAUCCUGAUUCGUUUGGGAGGCGACAGAAGAGCCGAAAUAGCUCUGAACCCAUUGACCCCGAUGCGCUUGCGAAGGCCUUGAAGGAGUAUGAGGAUGCCGGGCGCCCUCAUGAGAGAACCCCUGGAACUAGUCCAAGCAGGAAAAGACAAAGAGUUUAUGGUGAUAGAUUCAUUCCAAACCGGGACGGACAGGAUCUCCAAGCGACUUACAGUCUGCUUCACGAGGAUGGCUGUCCUUCCACUCCAUCGAAGUCGAAACGGCGUAUCCCGCAUUCAGAGCUGCAUUUCCAGAAGACGGAAGAAGCAAACAGAAUGUAUUCACGAGUCUUGCGAAGCGAGCUCUUUGGGAAUACGGUACCACAGGCCGAAUUAGACUCGCUAUCACCCGAUCCAUUGUUUGGACUGAGUAAUGGCAUCAACGAAAAAACACGCUCCCAUACUCCCCCCUCACAUGUAGUAUCGAAUCUACCCCCUGCUAGCAUAACUCCGUCUACACCACACAAAAAUCUUUUUAAUUAUGCCUCACCCCGUGGAUCAGGCCAUCCCACGCCUUCGAAGACACCUCGCAGUCAACAUGGCCCAAAUCUCAAUGUCAGAUCAGAGCUCUAUAGCCUGUCCCCAAUCCGUUACGAUAGCCAACGCAUUCUCGAAACCCCUCGAAAACAGCCACGCUACGUGAACAAAGUGCCGUACAAAGUUCUCGAUGCGCCCGACCUACAAGAUGAUUUCUACCUGAACCUGGUCGACUGGGGUAGUAGUAACGUUCUCGGGGUUGGCCUGGGAAACUCAGUCUAUAUGUGGAACUCUCAGUCUGGGCGUGUGACGAAACUCUGCGAACUCAAGGACGAUACUGUAACUAGUGUGAGCUGGAUCCAAAGGGGAACGCAUCUUUCUAUCGGAACUGGAAAAGGUCUCGUGCAAAUAUGGGAUGCCGAACGCUGCCGACGCCUUCGAACAAUGGUUGGACAUACCAAUCGCGUGGGAGCGUUGGCGUGGAAUGACCAUAUUCUCACGUCAGGCUCCCGAGAUCGGCUCAUCUUCCAUCGUGAUGUCCGUUCGCCGGAUCAGUACCUGCGCCGGUUGUCGGGACACAAGCAGGAGAUCUGUGGCCUGCGUUGGAAUACGGAAGACGGUCAAUUGGCAUCUGGCGGUAAUGAUAAUAAACUAAUGGUGUGGGACAAGUUGAAUGAAACGCCACUUUAUCGCUUCUCGGACCACACUGCCGCCGUUAAGGCAAUUGCUUGGUCGCCCCAUCAGCACCAUCUUCUUGCAUCUGGAGGGGGAACGGCCGACAGAACUAUCAAAUUCUGGAAUACGUCCACCGGCUCCCUGAUCAAAGAAGUCGACACCGGCAGUCAGGUCUGUAACUUGGCGUGGUCGAAGAACUCAGACGAGAUCAUCAGCACCCAUGGCUACAGUCAGAACCAAAUUGUCAUCUGGAAGUACCCCCGCAUGGAACAGAUCGUAUCAUUAACCGGUCAUACAUUCCGUGUUCUGUACCUAGCCAUGAGUCCGGACGGCCAAACGGUUGUCACAGGUGCCGGGGACGAGACUUUGAGAUUCUGGAAGAUAUUUAACCGCAGGCCGGGACGAGAACACGGGCGCGAGGGUAGCAAGUUAGCUGAAUGGGGCACCAUUCGGUGA